AUGUCCACGAAACAAACGCUGGAUUAUUCCAACUGGUCCAAGGAAGAUCUCAUUGCCAAGAUCAAAAGCCUCGAGGCGCCUCAUGAUGCCGCGAGUAGCGUCACCACGACAGAGUCCAUGGUCAAGGACCAAGCAGCAUCUACACCGCAAAUAAAGCAGCUGCUGCUGCAGAAAAAGGAAGCAAAGGUAUUCGACUGGAGCAAGCACAACACGAGAUUCGUAGCGUUGCGAUUCGCGUAUCUAGGCUGGAACUAUAACGGGCUCGCGAUGCAGUUUGAGCAGACUCCACUUCCAACAAUCGAAGAAACCAUCUUGCAAGUAUUGGCCAAAGUCAAGCUCGUACCUGAGCCCUUGGACGAAGUACAGUUUUCAAGAUGCGGAAGAACGGAUAAGGGAGUCAGCGCCAUGAAUCAAGUCAUCUCCAUCAACUUGCGAUCCAACUUAACGCCAGAGGAACAAACACUAGAGGGAAACGACCUACGCGAGAUUGAUUAUCUACUGGUUAUAAAUGGCAACUUACCCCCUGAUAUCAAAAUGCAUCUGAUUUGUUUGCGGCCACCACCGGAUUUCGACGCAAGGUUCAGCUGCAAGAGCCGCCACUACCGGUACUUGUUCAAAAAGACCAACCAUUUGGAUAUAGAUUUGAUGAACCAAGCUGCCAUGUACUACGAGGGUCACCACGAUUUUAGAAAUUUCUGUAAACUAGACGGAUCAAAGCAGAUUACAAAUUUUGAACGAUACAUAUAUCGAUCGAGAAUUAUACCCUUGGGUGGUGACUUGUACUGUUUUGAUCUUCAAGGCACGGCAUUUUUGUGGCAUCAGGUGCGGUGCAUGGUUGCCAUUCUAUUUCUCGUGGGGCAGCAGUUGGAAAAACCGGAAAUUGUGCUUGAUCUUAUGGACAUGACCAAAUACCCGACCAAGCCACUCUACGAAAUGGCCAAUGACAAGCCGUUAGUCUUGUACGAUUGUGAGUUCCCAGCUAUGGAAUGGCACACAGCUGACAAUUAUCACAAAUUCACGAGGCUUCAUAGCAGUUUCCGCGAGUUGCAGUAUGACCUCGCCAUCAAAUCGCAGAUGCUGGACAUUAUGAGCAAGGUGCUAUUCGACAAUAAGCAAGAAUAUCGAGACGCAAUCGAGGAGUCCUUGGCCAAUUCUGUGCCGCUUGGUGAUGGAAUUGGACGUGGGUUUGCUGGAUACACCCCGCUUGACAAGCGUCAGCGCAGUGAAGAUUAUGAAACCAUCAACACUAGGUGGAUGCAACGUCGUGGAGCCAAAAGAAUGAUAAAAAAAGACCUGUAA